UGCACUACUGCACGUAGUAGGAGCGCCUGAAAACCACAACGUAGAAGUUGGACGGACUGUACGUGGUAUGCCGCAGGAGAGGAGGAAGGCACGGAAACAGCAGAGACUCUUCUCUGGCUCGUGCAUGUGGCGCUCGUCGUUGUGAGCCUACGGUCUGCGGAGCUGCCAAAUUCGCGCAACGGGGCCGACAAAGGCGACAUGACACCAGCGAGCGAGGGCAGCCCUCUCUGCGCUUCCGCUGCGCCUUCAUGUUUGAUCCGUCCCUCGUUCUGAUCCGUGGAGAAUACAUGAGUUGACUGGUCUGAUCGAUCUUCUCUGGAGACGAGACAGGAUUGAACGGGCGAUCGAGGUCCGGUCUAUAUUCAGAGGAAUGUUCGCAGAUCAAUAUGAGAGCCAUAAAGCUGCCAGAACCGCCGGGCAGCGCUGUGAAGAUGCCAGAGAUAUUUGAUACAGGCAUUUCUAGCGUGGUCAGGCGUGCAAUUAUUAUUGGAAAUGGCGGAGCUGGUGCGGAGCAUCAAUGCAUAGGGCUCGUCCGAGCGCUGGGCCUUGGGAACAACUACACACUUCAUCGUGUAAAUCGCCCGAAAGGUGGAUACAACUACUGGCUAAGAUGGCUUCCAGUACCUGUUCAUCAAAAUCUUGACUCCGUUUUGAAACACAUAUGGUCCGACUGGAGACGAGUUUCACUGUCAUACCUUGUUAAAGGACACGAGGGAGAAGUAAAUUCUGUUCACGAACACUUCGAUAGUCCUGUGUCCUACAAUGGCACAACUGCCGUCCGAGCCCUUACUCAAGAUGGUAGGACCGUACCUGAGGCUGAUGCUGCCAACAUUGCUGCAAUUGCGAUGCAGGACAUUGAUAGAGAGGGACCCUUGCUCGUGGUGGCUUCAGGGCGUGAUACAGUUCCUGUAGCAGCCGCAGUGAAGAGAUUGGCUCGAGAUGCCGUUUUUGUGAUACAGAUACAGCACCCGAGGUGCAACCUUGACAGAUUUGAUAUGGUGAUUACCCCCGUACAUGACUAUUACCCGCUAAGCCCGGCAGCUCACCAAGAGGUUCCACGAGCUAUCAUUCCUUGGCUUACGCCACUUCAACCACCUGAUAAGCAUGUGGUGCUAACAGUUGGAGCUUUGCACCAUGCGGAUGCUGCUACUCUACGUGGAGCAGCCAGCACUUGGCACGACGUGCUUGGCCCACUUCCCAAGCCCCUCGUUGUUGUCAAUGUGGGUGGCCCUACACGUAACUGUAGGUACGGUGAAGACCUUACUUGCGAGCUUAUACGUGCCCUGAGGUGUGUGAUUCACACUUGUGGAAGUAUGCGUAUCACUUUUUCACGGAGAACUCCUCCUCAGAUUUGUGACCUUAUUUGGAAGGAAUUAAGCCAAGUACCAAAGGUUUACAUAUGGGAUGGUCGAGGUCCCAAUCCACAUCUGGGUCAUCUUGCCUGGGGUGAUUCGUUUAUUGUGACAGCUGACUCUAUAAGCAUGUUGAGUGAAGCUUGCAGCACAGGAAAGCCUGUAUAUGUGGUAGGAGCGGAGCGAUGUAAGUGGAAGUUUGCGGACUUUCAAAAGAGUUUACGGCACAAAGGUGUUAUCAGAUCAUUAACUGGAGCCGAGGAUAUGAGGGAGACCUGGAGUUACCCUCCACUUAAUGACGUGUCAGACUCUGCUAAAAGGGUGCGCGAAGCCCUUGCGGAGCGCGGUUGGAGCUUUUAAUAUAAGUUUCUUCGUAGUGGAUUGUUAAGAGUUGAAAAGAGGUACACUUGAAAUUUGGUUACAUGUAACAUUUACAUCGAUUUUGCCAACAAGUUGUUACUGAUUGCAGAAAAUUAUUGAGGUGAGCUUUUUAUAACUAGCAAGAGUACCGCCCACAGCUCAUACUGUGUUUGCAAUGACAAGUACAAGUAUCUGUAGGUGUAGCUGAUCGAAUCGUGCGACGUGAGAGAUAUGAAAAUAAUUGUUUACAGUAAAAAUAUUGAAGGCGGACCAUCACCAUUCAUACGUUGUUUGUGCGAGCUGAAAAACCAGAGUCUAGUUAUGUGCUGCUCUAGCUACAGAUGGGGAAUAGGGUGUAAUGCAGGUCUUAGUUAUCAGAUCACUGGAGAGUAUGGGCGGAUGCAAAGGAACCGCAAAUUGGUAAGGAACUGGAAAGUGAACUUAAAUGCAAGAGCUUAUAUCAAAUGUUGUCUACUAUAUGCUAUAAGUUGGGGAUGAUAUGUACAUCAUGAAGUGAGCAUAGCAAUGACACCUGAAAUGAAGGACGUUCUGAGAAGUGACGGUUUUAAAUUUCCUUGCAGUCGCUGUUCAGCGCUCCUUUGUUUAUGUCCAGUUUGAAAGGAGAACUUCAAAGUUGUAAGGUCAGUUCAUCUGGCAGAAUGUUAGCAUC